AUGUCCAACCUAAAACUGCCACUUGGAUUAGGUCUUGGCAUUCCAUUAUUACUGCUUCUUGGUACCUUGGCUCUCUGUCUUUGCUUGAGAUGUUGUCCAUUAUAUUUCGGUAAAACACCUGAACAAAGAUUUUGGAAUCGUGAAGAGGAUUCGCAUCAACAAUACCGCAGUCAAUACGUUCGUGAUUCAACCCAAAACAGCAUAGAAAUGUCGAAUAUACCCAUGCAAGAUUAUCGACGACAGUAUAUCAGAGACAAUUCAUGGUCAGCGACACGAAGUUUUUCUCGUGAAGAAUCAUUUCUGUACAUUUCACGGACACCAUCCGAAUUCGGAUUAUCAACGACGACGUUAGUAUCAUCGCUGUCAAACAGUGUAUUACCGAGUGUAGAUGUUCAUAUAAAAAUGGCAAAUGCUCCACGACCAUCAUAUUUGUCAAGUAGUGGCUCUAUUCUUAUUCGAACCUAUAUUGAUCAAGAAAAUAAAAAAACAUACGUUUAA